UAUAUAAUCGAUGCAGUAUGUUUUGAAAGCGCAAGUCAAACGCAUGGUCCUUUUAUAUGCGUCGCAAGCCGUCCUGAGACCAGUGUUACCCGCGAACCCGUUGCAUUUAUCUGUUUACGCACGUUUCCUUGUAUCGCAGCCGAUAUAUUAAACGAGGACCGCCAUGAGUUUGGUUAGACAGAAUUUCCACGCGGAAUGCGAGGCGGCGCUAAACAAGCAAAUCAAUUUGGAACUGUACGCGAGUCACGUCUACCUGUCCAUGGCUUAUUAUUUUGAUAGAAGUGAUGUCGCGUUACCGGGACUUCAUGUAUAUUUCAAAGGAUGCUCCGACGAGGAGAGAGAACAUGGCAUGAAGUUCUUGGCGUACCAAAACAAGAGAGGCGGAAAUAUCUCUUUGACAGAAAUCGUAGGCGCGCCGCAGAACGAUUGGGGUAGUGCUAAGGAGGCUAUGAUGGCAGCACUGGACCUUGAGAAGAAAGUAAAUCAGAGUCUUCUGGAUUUACACGCGCUGGCGUCGACGCACAACGAUCCGAACUUGGUGGACUUCCUUGAGACUGAGUUCCUACAAGAGCAAGUAGACUCGAUCAAAGAAAUCGCCUGUCACGUAACGAAUUUGGAAAGAGUUGCCGGAGGCCUGGGAGAGUACAUCUUUGACAAAGAGCUGAAAAGUUCAGGUCUUCAUGACAAUAAAUAAUCGAAUGCACGAAAGUCAAAAGAAGAAUUGUACAUUACAAGAAUAUAGAAAAAGCGGGUAUCCCAUUUAACACGUUCACUGCCGCGAAAAACUUUAGUGUUUUAUGUACCAUUUAUUCUUCUGUAGCAA